GGUCAUUUCGGAGUUUAUUGAAAGAAACGAAACAAAAGAUCAAACAAUCAAACAUGAUUGUCUCACAUUCAAACUCGAUAUUAUGUGAAGAAUGUAUUCAAAUUCACAUGCUCUGAAUAUUAUCAAAUUAAGCAUUCUUGUGUGAAAUCACAGUCAAAUUAAGCAUUUGUCAUGUAUUCACAUGUAUUAGUGACUAGUCAAGUGUCAAUACCAUCAUUCAAUUGACUACACUAUAGUAGUAUAUCGACCAACGAGACCAGUUUUGCUGACUGAUAUUCACUGAUACUCACUGAUAACUUGAUGAAAAUGUGUCAAACCAUGACUUUUAUGACAACACUGUACAAACUGUACGAGUCUAAAAGAUUAUUGAUGGAUAUUAUCCAAUUUGAUUGAUGACUGCGCUUAUUUUGUUGGUUCGAGUUUCAUUUUCUUUCCCUCCAAAAAACAACAUCGAAUGAAUAUUGAAACAACAAAAGCAGCAGCAACACAACUGUUGAAUGGAUACUACAACAUUCACACCUCAGACCUGCCAACACAGAGAGCCAAGUCUGAAUGGCAGGAUGACAACAAACGAGGUUUCUUCUUGGGCAUCAUCCAAGAGGGAGAAACCUCGCACACCACUCAGUUGCACGACCUGCUGGCUGCCAACCAAUUUGCAGAGCAGCAGCAGUUCUCAACCAAGGUCCAGUUGGCAGACUCAGAGCAUCCUCGUACAUUCAUUGACGAGAUGUUUGAGUACUACAUACUGCCAUUCCACAAAAAUUACAACAGCUCAUCCAGCUGCCACACUCCAGCUUCUUCAAGGGCACCAUCAAGAACCAACUCGGCUAGAAAUAUAAGCAAUGUCCCAAAAGAGAGUGAGCUGUCUCACAGGGACUUGAAGAAUGCUGUCGAGGAAAGAGACAGAGUCUGCUUGUUUUGCUGGGAUAAGCUGUCCUUGCAAGGAGCACACAUCAUCGCCCAAAAGAACAUUGGAGUAGCGUACAACGAAUCUCCUAUCCUGUUACGAGCUGGUCUAGCGCAGAAACAUCAAGUCCAAAACGGACUGUUGCUGUGUAUCAAGUGUCACGACCAAUUUGAUAAACUGGAGCGAUACGUGGAUGUGGUGGAUAACAAACUGGUGGUCAAGGUAGUCAACCAUUCAGUUCUCCUGAACGAUGACAAGCACAUGAAUUGGAUCGAGGCAAUUGAAAGCCUCAAAGACACCCGUUUUGGAAAACAAAGAAGGCUUCCAGAGUUCAGCAAUCGACAAGCAGUCGAAUCUAAUGGCGAGAUGGCGCUGUACUUUGUUCUUGGCGAUCCAACUCUGCAGCCAAACAGGAACGCACUAGAGUUCCACAGGGCAGCGUGUCUUAUUUGGCGUAUGGCUGGUGGUGCGGAGUUUGAUGAUGAAUGUUGUCCAUAUGAUGACGAUGGCUGUACUCCUGUAGAUUACCGGAGUAAGAGCAUCGAAAAAUGGAUGGACUCAAGUGCUACUUUGAUUAUUGAAAAUGUUCAAUAAAAUUGUGUAUUCAUUAC